AUGGGGCUCUCAUCCCGUCUCCUCCGCAUUCCGCGGCCAGAGACCUUUCUCUAUGUUAUGAGCCUCGAAACAGGCGCGUCAUUGAUUACACUGUCGCUACUAUUGAACAAAAUCAGUGGCCUCUAUGGCCUCCUCGCCCUGUUGACCGGUUACCACUUGUCGCCCGUACAACUGUCCAUGUACCUUUACUCUCUCAUCGCUCUCGCCAUCGCCGCCAUCCUUUUCCCUCACAUUCGAAAGCAGUCUCCUCUGGAGUGCCUUGCGCUUGCUUGGUUGUACCUGAUUGACAGUUUGAUCAACGCCGCUUACACUGCCGCCUUUGGAGUGAGUUGGUUCCUAGUAGUGUCGCAGACCUACGACGGUGGCAAGCCCUCUGGACCAGGCAGCGAAACCAUCGCACAGACCGCCGGCUUCACCAGCCCCAAGUACGAUGCCGCCUACGUUGAGAUCCAGCACACUCAGGAUGGAAAUCAAUUUGUUCCCCACCCGCCGAGAGCUGCCGACCACCUGAGCAGUGUUGUUGCCCAGCCCGAGAGCUUCCAGAGCAUUGUCUUCAUCUCACUCCUGUGGGCCAUGCGCGUCUACUUCGUCCUCGUGAUGUUGGCCUUUGCUCGUCAAACCUUACGUCUAUGGAUUGCGAUCCCUCGACACACCCAGCUCCCUACACACAGCCGCAAUGUCUCUAUCGCGAGCGUUGCGGACAUUGACCGUGAGCCUUUCACGCCCUACAGUCCCGAUGGCCAAGGUUGGAAGGGUAAGCUGGGCCGUAUCAUGGUUGGUAUCGGUCACAGCUAUUGGCUCGGUGAGGAGGAAGAGGGCAAUUGGCUCGGUAACCUUGGUCAGAAGUUCCGUGCCCGUUCUCAGAACAACACCGAACUACCGGGUCCCUUGGAACGAGAGCGAAGACGCCGAUCGGGCACCGGUCCUCCCCAGCCACCGCCGUCCAUUAUCCGCUCUGGUGUUAUUCAACAAACUAUCCCUGAGCACCCUGGGGUGAAUGUAAAAAUGCAGGACUGGCCUGAAACUCGAUAA